GUGGGUUUGUAGUGAGGUUUUCUUAAGGCGAGCGCUUUGUCAACAAGUUUCCUCCUCCCUCUCUUCUGAGGAAUAAUCACGGACUGAGGAAACUUGCGCAAACUUCACUCCAGAGCCUGAGUGGAAUAAUGGCUGGACGUGUGAGCUUAUGUUUUCUGAAUUCUUUGGUCAGGGGAAAUGUUAUCUUUAGGAGCAAGAAAUGUUUACGCAAAAGUGUUGUGUUGAUCUCACGGUGUAACGCGAGGUCUGUGUCCAGCAGCAGCAGCAGCAUCAGCGCGGCUCAACCGGACCUCAGCUCGCAUCUCGCUGGAAAGACCUAUGCAGAUUUAUAUGACCUGUCAGUUAGAGAUCCAGAAACUUUCUGGGGAUCCAUCGCCAAGGAAAGGCUGGCAUGGACCAAACCUUUCGAUCAAGUGACAGACUGCGAUCUCUCCAGCGGGAAAAUCAACUGGUUUCUUGGAGGGCAACUGAACGUCUCUGUGAACUGUUUGGAUGUACACGUGGCAAAGGAUCCAGACAGAGUGGCCUUGAUUUGGGAGAAAGAUGAACCUGGCACAGAAGAAAGGAUCACAUACAGGGAGCUUCUGGAGAUGACCUGUCGCCUUGCCAACACUUUAAAGAGUUAUGGCAUCCAAAAGGGAGAGCGGGUGGCCAUCUACAUGCCUGUGUCUCCUAUGGCAGUAGCAGCCAUGUUGGCCUGUGCCCGUAUCGGUGCCGUACACACUGUGGUGUUUGCAGGGUUCAGCUCAGAGGCUCUUGCUGGCAGAAUUCAGGAUGCCCAGUGCAAGAUUGUCAUCACAAGCAACCAAGGUGUGAGGGGCGGCCGUAUCUUCGAUCUGAAGUCAACGGUGGAUAACGCAGUGAAGAGCUGUCCGUCUGUCCGGCAUGUGUUUGUGGCCAAGAGAACUAACGAGAGCAUGCCGAUGGGCAAACUAGACAUUUCAUUAGAUGAGGUAAUGGUGGGACAGUCUCCGGUGUGUGCUCCAGAGCCCAUGGACAGCGAGGAGAUGCUGUUCAUGCUGUAUACCUCAGGCAGUACGGGUAAACCCAAGGGCAUCGUGCACACACAGGCCGGUUACCUGCUCUACGCUUCCCUCACACAUCAGUAUGUGUUUGACUACACACCUGGAGAUGUGUUUGGCUGUGUUGCUGACAUCGGCUGGAUUACGGGUCACAGUUAUGUGGUGUACGGACCCCUGUGUAACGGAGCCACAUCUGUUCUAUUUGAGAGCACACCUGUUUACCCCAAUCCAGGUCGUUACUGGGAGACAGUUCAGAGGUUAAGAAUAAAUCAGUUUUAUGGAGCUCCUACUGCCAUCAGAUUACUUCUGAAAUAUGAGGAAAACUGGGUGAAGAAAUAUGACAGGUCAUCACUGAAGACACUCGCAUCUGUUGGAGAGCCCAUUAAUCACGAGGCAUGGGAAUGGUUCCAUAAUGUGGUCGGGGAUGGACGGUGCCCUCUGGUGGACACAUGGUGGCAGACAGAAACUGGUGGUGUGUGUAUCGCUCCACUCCCAGCUGAACCGGGAGCAGAGAUCCGGCCUGCCAUGGCCAUGAGACCCUUUUUUGGCAUCCAGCCGGCACUACUCGGGGAGAAGGGACAGAUAAUAACGGGAAAUGAUGUCAGUGGAGCUCUGUGCAUCAGCAAGCCUUGGCCUGGAAUGGCCAGAACCAUAUUUGGAGACCACCAGAGAUUUGUGGAUGCAUAUUUUAAACCAUACCAAGGUCAGUAUUUUACGGGUGAUGGGGCGUACCGCACUGAAGACGGUUACUACCAGAUCACAGGACGCAUGGAUGACGUCAUUAAUAUCAGUGGGCAUCGGUUGGGCACAGCUGAGAUAGAAGAUGCACUGGAUGAACAUCCAGAUGUUCCUGAGACCGCAGUGAUUGGAAUUCCCCAUGAGAUCAAAGGAGAAGUUCCAUUUGCGUUUGUGGUUUUAAAAGAAUCUGCUACUGAGAACCAGCGUGCUGUUGUUGAAGAAAUGAGACACCUAGUGGCUACCAAAAUAGCUAAAUAUGCUGUCCCAGAUCAUUUCCUGGUUGUGAAGCGACUUCCUAAAACACGCUCUGGAAAAAUCAUGAGGAGAAUCUUGCGGAAGGUCGCCAUGCAGGACACGAGCAACCUGGGGGACAUCUCCACGCUGGACGACCCCUCCGUCGUUUCAGAGAUCAUUGAGGCCCAUAAACGCUACAGAAGUCAUGCAGCUAAGAAGUAGAAAAAGACUGUUGGGAUGUUGCAAUGUUUAUUUUGAGGAACUAUGAAUAGAAAAAAACUGUGAUGACAGGAAAUCAUGUAAAUGUGAGUGUGCCAUGUGUUAGGAACACAGAAGGCAUAAAUUGCAGGUUAAAUGCUCUCAUAUGUAGUAAAACUCACUCAUGAAUCCCACCUGAACUGGAUACUAGCCCCUCUGUAAGACUGUUAGGUGUCAUUUGAGAGUUGUACAGCUUGGACAAACCUCUUUUAAAACAUUAAUUAUGAAGCAUUUUGCACAGUAUUCUUCCUGUAGCCUGAGACUAUGUAAGAUUUGCUUUGUAACAUCAGUAUUUUUUGAUUAAGAGAUGAUUUUAUUUUUAAGGUGCUCAAUCAGUCUGUGUUUCAGUAAAUCUCACCUCUC